UUUAUUUAAUUUUAAUAUUCUUUCACUGAAAGAUGUCGACAUGAUGUUUUGACUUGUCUAGAUAUAUUUUUGAUCUACGUCUUACUGGUAAAACCAAUAAUUCAAGGAUCUCAUUUGGAAGUAUUGACUGGCGCCUCCCGGGUUAAUCUCUGCUCCUCUGGUGAAGGUGUUCAAUGGCCAAUAAGCAUGCGCACCAGAGCGUGUCGGACCGAGUCCCAACCAGUCCCGGAGAAAACAAGAAGGGGUGUGCUUGCUUGGGUGUUCGUGAAGCAGCAGCAGCGCAUGCGCACCACACACAAUCACGGGCGUCGAGCUUCACACCGCAGCGAUUGCAGAUCUUGCAUGUCAGAUAGGAAGGAGUGGGAAGGGGCACGAGGAACAGGGGCCCCAUCACUCACAGCCCGGGUAUGACAGAGAGAUGGAGACCCGAAGAAGAAGACGGCUGAUGUGACAACGACAAUUUUUUUUCUUCUAAUUUGAGUCUGACGAGCCCUGUCUGCAGAUGCAACCUGUCUGUCCCGGUAGUCAUUUUUUGUUGCAGCGUUUCCUCCACGGGGGCUACACGCAGAAGGGACACGAUGACAACCUGGUGAAUGCAGACGAGAUGGAGUAACACGCCAAGCGCAGCGCAGGAUGCGCAUCUCCAGCCCGUCAAGGAAGAAGGUAAAGCAACCUGGCGCUUUUUCUGGUGUCGUGUCACGUGUGUCAGAUCUUGCUGUGGAUUGAGCGUUUCCUUCAUCGCCGCCCUGCUGCCGGUGUCGGUGUAUUAUGGAGAGCUCCAAUGGCUCUGCAAGCGACACCAAACCGCAGAACCACCAGUUGGAGAAGAAGAGACUGAACCGAGCGCCUUCCCCGGCCAGACCUUUCCUCAAGGAUGUGCACUCUCGCGCCACCAAACCACCUGCCAUCGUACCCAAAUCCCCCAAACUCCACAAGCAGCAGCAGGGUGCCUCGGUGCCCUUGGGCCAUCCGAACCGCAGCUCCAGGCGCCACACGACCGGUGCUAACACCAAGUCGUGUGUGGUGAAAAAGCCCACAAAGGUGCUUCAGCAUGCAGCAGCCGAGCCCAAAACCGCCAGCAUCAAGCCGGACAGCACCGGCAGUCCCAUCCUGGUUAAAGGCAAAAAGGGGAAACUGGCCCCGGGAUCCCCGGGCCCUCUCGGCCAUGGAUCCCCGAUCCGGGUACCAACCGGAGCGCUUCUCGGCCGAGUCAGCCAGACCGACAGCAGCUCAGACCUGUCGGACUGUCCGUCUGAGGUGAUGUCGGACGAGCAGAAGCUGGCACCGGCUGCUAGUAGUGACGCGGAGUCCGGAACCGGCUCCAGUGACCGGGAUCAGGUGGGAGAAGAUAAUCCGCUGCGGGCAGAAGCGACCGGAGCGGCUGCUGCUCCGUUGCGCACAACCGAGGCUUCCGCCGCCAAGGAAAGCAUGUCUCAGGCUCAGCCCGCUCCGGGGCCGCACGGAGGGAAACACACGCAGGAGAACCGCUCCGCAGGCGCACAACUCGGACUGCCAGGCGCCCAGGACGUGACUGAGGAGGAGCUGCUGCGGGAGGUGGACGAUUUGAGAUCCGAAAACGACUACCUCAAGGAUGAAGUGGACGAGCUGCGGGCCGAGAUGGAGGAGGUGCGAGACAGCUACCUGGAGGAGGAGGUCUACCAACUGCAGGAGCUGCGGCGAGAUCUGGACCGCUCCAACAAGAACUGCCGCAUCCUGCAGUACCGGCUGCGGAAAGCCGAGCAGAAGAGCCUGCGGGUCGCACAGACCGGCCACGUGGACGGAGAGCUGCUCCGUAGUCUGGAGCAGGACCUGAAGGUGGCCAAAGAUGUGUCGGUGCGUUUGCACAACGAGUUGGAGAGCGUGGAGGACAAACGCAGCCGAGCUGAUGAUGCGAAUGAGCUGCUCAGACAGAAGAUCAUCGAGGUCGAGAUCUCAAAACAGGCGAUGCACAACGAGCUGGAGAGGACCAAAGAGACUGCACUGAGGAGACGAGGAAGCAGGGAAACAUUUAAAGACAAGAAGUCUGUGAUUCAGGAGGACAGUGCAGACCUCAGGUGCCAGCUGCAGUUUGCCAAAGAAGAGUCUGGCCUGAUGAGAAAAAAGAUGGCGAAGCUCGGUCGAGAGAAGGACGAACUGGAGCAGGAGCUGCAGAAGUACAAGUCGGUUUACGGGGACCUGGACAGUCCCUUUUCUCUGGCCGAGUGCCCUGGUGGGGGUCCUCACACCACUCGAGAGGCUGAGCUGCGUUUACGGCUCAAGCUGGUGGAGGAAGAGGCGAACAUCCUGGGCCGAAAGAUUGUGGAGCUGGAAGUGGAGAACCGCAGCCUGCGGGCAGAAAACGAAGACAUCCGCUGUCAGUAUGAAAGAGACUGCUUUGGGCGGGAACCGUUCUCCAGCAUGCCCUCGUCGCCGUACGGCGGCGACGCGCUGGAUUCGGCAAGUGAGCUACGGCGCCAUCUGCAAUUCGUGGAGGAGGAGGCUGAGCUGCUGCGCCGCUCCAUCUCGGAGAUCGAGGACCACAACAGGCAGCUGACAUCUGAACUUAAUCACUUCAAGUUCGGCCCCAGCAGCAGCUCUGUUGGCGAGGAGGGAAGUGAGGGAGGCUUAUUUAAACCUGGUAAUGGGGGGAACGGCAACAGCUCCAGCGGUGGAAUGAUGAUGGAGGAACUUAAAUCAGCCAGAAUGCAGAUCAAUGAGCUGAGUGGAAAAGUGAUGAAGCUGCAGUACGAAAACAGAGUCCUUGUGUCCAAUGUCCAGCGCUGUGACCUGGCUGCACAUCUGGGCCUGCGCACCGGCAGCCCUCGAGACAGCGACGCCGAGAGCGACGCAGGCCGCCGAGAAGCAGCAGAGGAAGAGGAGGCAGGGCGUCUUCUUCUCCUCCACCCCAAGAGAGAGGGGCCCAUUGGCGGCGAGAGUGACUCCGAAGAUCUGUUUGAGAAAACCGCAACCACCUCAGGGUUCGGAAGCAUCAAACCCUCCGAUGGCAGCGAGCUCAGCGCCAAUGAACUGGCCAGCCGCAGGAGAGAAGAACGCGAGUCCUUCACCAACGUGAAACGUGAGGCGGAUAGGCUUGGGAAGACGGUGGACCGUCUGAUCACAGACACAGACAGUCUGAUCUUUGAGGGCCGGCUGCAGGUGACGACAGGAGAGAGUCUGGAAGGAGGGGAGGCGUCUGGAUCCAAACCAGACACCCAAGGCCUGGACACCAUCAACACUCGCAUGAAGGCUUUCCGCACUGAGCUACACAUCUUCAUGGAGAAGCUGGACUAUGUGGGGGAGGUGCUGAGAGAAAGGACAGACGAUCUGUCACCCAUGCCAAACCUCACAGAGUCCAGCAGCUUCCUGUCCACAGUCACCUCCAUGUCCCGUGACUCUCCCAUUGGCACCUUUGGAAGAGACCUGGUUACAGACUUCCAGUCCGGUCAGAGGGAGGAGCUGGAGUGGCGUCUAGGACAGGAGCGAGGCGUGGAGCCCCAGAGCCAGGGUUGGGGCCCGGCCCAGAGCAGGGGAGCCACGGGACUCACUAGGUACCACAGGCCCCUGGCUUUAAGGGCAGAGAUCCGGGACACGCCUGCUUCUGACAUCCAGCUUCAUCUGGAUCAUGAGCAGAGGCUGAGAGCGGAGGAACAGGAGGCCGUCGGUCCUCUUCCUCAGCAGGACGACGAGCGCCUGCGUCUGGAGGCCCAACGUGGAGGUCUGGAGCUGCAGGGCCUUCAGACCCAUGAAGUGCCCUGGCCUCAGGAGAGAGCCGCGCUGCAACAAGAGGUCCGCCUCUUCAGACGCAACACCAUCAUCUGCUACAUGAAGCUCAGGUGGAUCCUCAUGCACUGGAGGCUCGGCCGCCCGGACGACUCCGGAGAGGAAACGGGGGACACGGAGUUUGAGAAGUUGGACAGUAUCCCAGGGCUGGGAGUGAUGAUGGAGCAGGCGGAGGGGGAGUCAGAUCGAGACGACCGACCCCUAUGUUUACCACAAACUCCCGUGAACGUCCCCGACCCCAUCCUCCCUCUGGCCUCACCUGACCCACACCUGCAGCAUCAAAGACAGUUUGGGGAGAACCGGCAAGUGCUGCAGGCCCUGCGGACGCUGCUGGAGGAGUUUCAUACGGAGCUGCAGGAGGAGGAGGCGCGGCGAUGCCAACUGCAGCAGUCCUACGCAAAUGACAAAGCCUCCUGGGAGGUCAAGUGGGCAGAGAUGAAGUGCCAGCUCGCCCAGCUGGAGGAGGAGACACAAGGCCAGGUCCGAGGCGAAGCUCAGGGAGGUGAAGGGGAACCGACCGGAGACCCCGAGUGGGGCUUGAAGCUGGAGCGCGAGGAGCACCGGCGUCUGCUGGCCGACAGCCACAACACCUCCCUGGACCUCGGCUGGAAGCUGCAGCACGGAGAGAAGAGGUGGAGCCGCGAGAGGGGAGACCUGCUGGAGCGCUUCGACCGGGAGCGGCAGGAGUGGGACGGCAGCAUGAGGGAGAUCCAACGCAAGAUGGAGAGGCUGCAGAGAGAGCUGAACACCCGCGACAUCACAGACGGGGGCUCGGACCACGGAGCCGUGUUCUUCCCUCAGGCCCCCCGGUCGCCGCGCUCACCCUGUAUGGCCACGCCCAUCCCUGCUGCCCCUCCCAUGCGCUCCCACUCUGACUCUGAGGUCAUGCUGGAGGAGCAGGGGGCUGCCAAGUGGCUGAAAGGCCCGACGGAGAACCUGUUCCUGGAGGCGCUGUCUCUGGACCCCCUCAGCGAGCGCAAGAUCCCUUCCCCCUCCGGCCUGGAGCGUGAGAAGAGGUUCCCCUGCAUGAAGGAGGCCCUGAAUGAGUUUUUGGAGAAAGAAGUAGAUCCUGCGAGCCCAGACGACGAGAUGGGCGGAGGGAGUCUGCUCAGAGCCAAGUCUGUGUGCUCCAUGAGCGACUUCCAGCGGUUAAUGGACAGCUCGCCGUUCCUCCCCGACAAGACUCCCCACUGUGAUCUGGACCAAGACGACUUCACCCCGCCUCUGUCCCCGGACGACCUCAAGUACAUUGAGGAGUUCAACAAUAAGGGCUGGGACUUUCCAGCACCCACCUCUGGCCCGGAUCCUGCCCUGGAAGUGUGGACAGACAAACCCCCCGAGGCCCGGGGAGGGGAGCUCGUUCUUGAACCAUUCCAGCCGGCCUCCUGGUUCCUCACCACCAGCGCCACCCUGACCACCAGCACCCUGAGCAGCCCCGAGCACUGCCACAAGUCGCCGCUGAGGGGCAACGGAGCGGGGGCUGCAGGGAUGGGAGUGGAGCACUACGAGGUCCACAUGCUCAAAAGCCCCACCAGAACUGGGGCAGCUGAGUGCCCAACUGCCCAAGACCCAGACCUCCUGUACGCCAAAGUGACCAAAGCCAGGGACGGAGGAGAGGCCGGCGUGGGAGCCAGCGGGUCAGAUGAGGUGUUCAGCAGUGGGAGGUGGGCAUGUGGGCUCCUGGACGGUGGGGGGUUGAGGACUUCUCCUAGCCAGUCUCCUAUCUGCCCCGCUAUGGGCUUCACCUCCUCUCUGGAGCUUCAGCUCUCCAGGAACAUGAGCGACGACAUGAAGGAGGUGGCCAUCUCCGUGAGGAACGCCAUCCGUUCACCGCCAGGGCCCGUCGUGAGGGACACCUCCUGCCAGACCAACGGACUCACCACCCGAAGCACUCAGACCAUCAGCGUGGGUCUCCAAACGGACCUGUUGAGGAACCUGACCAGCAGCCCCCACCGCUGCCUCACCCCAAAAAGUGGCGGGACGCCUAUUUCUUCCCCGUCACGCACCCUGAGGAAGGUUCAGUACUCCCCCGCCGUACAGAGUAAGUUCGAGCGACCCUGCUGCUCGCCAAAGUACGGCUCGCCCAAGCUUCAGCGCAAACUGUCCACAUCCAACAAGGCCGAGCUCCCCAACACCAACCGGGCUCCCACCCCCACCACCCCGCAGAAGGGCAACAACGAGUCGGCGUGGGCCCGCUCCACCACCACCCGCGACAGCCCCGUCCAUACCACCAUCAACGAUGGCCUCUCCAGCCUCUUCAGCAUCAUCGACCACAACCCCGUGGCCUACGACAUGCAGAAGUUCAACAAGUCCCCCAGUCACUCUCGCGCCACCCCUCCCUCCACCACCGAGCCCAGCCCCGCCCACGGGGCUCUCGCCAUGGACCCCAGGAGCGAGUGCUUACGGACAGCUCGCGGGCGCUCGCCCAGCCCCGUGCAGCUGAUAGUGGAGACUCAGGGGGACAAAAACGCAGAAGUGGCGAGCAUAAGGCUGGACCUGUCGGCCCCGCCGGGCUACACGCUGGCUGAAAACACCGCUCGCAUCCUUAACAAGAAGCUGCAGGAGCAGAGCUGCACAGAGGAGCGGCGGCCGCAGGCCGGAGGGCAGAGCGGCCGCGGCAGAGACGACAGCCGGCAGGCCGACGCCGACAGAGGACAGUCGGGAUGUAUGGAGGACCUGCCUCGCUCUCCGGUGGCUCCACCCCUGGACUCCUGUUUCCUGAGACCGGCCCGCCCGGCCAACCGCCGCCCCCCCUCACGCUGGGCCUCCCGCUCCCCCUCCUCCUCCCCCAAGUGGAGCCAGGGCACAAAAAGGAGGUUCACCUUCCCGCCGCCGGGACACCUGGAGGGCGAGGAGCCAGCGUGAGGCCCUCCUCUACCUCCUCUCUCCCUCCUCCACUUCAGCCUAAAGGACCCAAUACCUCAGAAACCCCUCAAAUCUAGAGACUCCCAUAUGAGGGAGCCUGAAGGGGGGGUCGGGAUCCACCCAGUAGCACCAGCUGACCAUCGAGGAACCAGAACUUUUUUCGAAGAACCUGGAAUGUACUGUAAUAACAUCCAAAAAAGAUUUGAAAACUACAUUUCCGUAAGAGGUGCCUGCACACUUGAGUUCCUCAUAACACCCCACAUGUGUGUGUAAACUGUAGGUCAGCUGUUGCAUUUCUAUAAAGUUUACAUGAAUUCAUCUGUUUACGUUUUUCUUUUUUCCCCCGUUAUACAACAAUUCAUGUUCAAACUCUUGGUUUUCAAUAAGAGCAAACCUUCUGUGUUUUGGUCACCAGCCUUUUGAAGCGUGACUUUUCAGUUUGGUUUCAAGGAGAGCAAACAAACAAACAAAAAAACUACUUCUGCUUCAUCGGGUCUGAAGCGGAGACGCAUGAUGUCAUUUCUGAUGCUCAUGUAUUUAUUUUCAGGUGGGGAUGAGCAUGGGGCUCUGUACACGUGUAGAAGACGGUUGACAACAAAUGGAACAACUUUAUGCAUAUUUGGAAUGCAGUUGUACAAAUAUCAGUCAAAUAUUUGCAUGCCUUUUGAACACUAGCACUUUAGUGCAUGUAGAUAUGAGCUUUAUUAAUUUGUGAUCACUCGGCUUCGCUGUGGGGGGGGGGAAGAAAAAAAUGUCAUGACGGGAACUCUCAAGCUGUUGUCUUUGUUGUCACAAGAUUUACAUUGACGAAAAACAAUGAACAUUUUUAAGUGAGUUAUUGUACCUACCUUUGGAUUGUGGGAAAAAAAAUGAAUGUUUUAAAUGAAAAGUCUGUCAAAAAAGUCUAACAAUCUAUAGUCGUAUGUAAAUACUCAAUGGUAAUAAACAUGAAUGUGUAUUUACAAGA